UCCCUCCCCGUCCCUGCCCGGCGCGCGUCCCAGCCCCGCUGUCCGCUCCUUGCCGCCCCUCGCCCGCGGCCAGCGGCCCCAGCUCCCCGCUCGCUCGGGCGGGGGGACUCGGCGCACAUGGAGGUGCCGGGCGGCUGUCACCGCCGCUGCCUCGCCUUGGUGCUGCUCCUGGCUUCGUGCAUCGGGUGUGCGGCCACGCCGCGCAGGAACAUCCCCCGCCGGCAAGAUCGGCUGGGGCCUCCUCUGGAUAUUCUGCUGGAUUCAGUGAACUGCACAGCGUUCAGCGUGCAAUGGAAGAUGCCAAAGCAGCACGCGAGCACCAUCACGGGGUACACGGUCUUUUACUCAGAAGUUGAAGGUGACAAAGCAGUUAAACAGCUCUCACACGAUGUUCCCCUGAGUCUGGAUAUGAUUAGCAUGGGUCAACUUGAAGGACAAGCAAUUUUUGAUGUUGUUAUUGGCGGCCUGAAGCCAGGCACUCCGCACCGCGUUAGCGUUGGAGCGUACAGCUGGGCGGGGAAAGGACGGCCCAGCAUGCCCAGGGAGGUGACAACUUUAUCCCAAGAUAAGUGCAUGCCUCCUGCGCCACCCUAUCAGCCCCAGAUCGUGGUGGUUUCUGAUUCAGAAGUUGCGUUGUCCUGGAAGCCUGGAGUGAGUGAAGGAAGUUCCCCCAUCCAGUACUACAUGGUGGAGUUUAUCAGGCCAGACCUUGACAGCAACUGGACGGUAAUAAGAGAGCAGAUCCAGAUGGAGUCCAUGGUUCUCAAAGGACUUCUCCCAAACACGAAGUAUCAGUUUGCCAUCCGAGCAGCAAACUCCUUUGGAUCCAGCCCUGCCAGUACACCGAGCGAUGUCAUCCGCACAUUCAGCUCUGAGGAGCUGGGAAGUGGAAGCUAUGGGCAUCGGUACGUCACAGACACAGUGACUGGUGAUGGUGAUGGAUUUGAUAUUGAUGAUUCAGACUAUGACAUUUAUAUAGAAGAGCUCAGACCACUUCCUGCUAUUAAAGGAGGCAACAGAAAAUUUCUGGUCGAAACUAAGGUCACUCCAGGGUCUAGUUCCAGGCUCCUGUCACGGGUCCUAACAACCACUUCUGAGCCCACUACUUCCACUGCUGCCAGCACACAGCCUGCCAGCACGGCGAGGGCAGCGCGGAGGGGCAGCGCGUCGCCUGCCGCGCGCCUCUUCGACCUGCCCUGCGACGAGGCCGUGUGCUCUGCAGACAGCUUCUGCAUCAACGACUACGACCGGGGCGGCUCACGCUGCCACUGCAACUUGGGCAAAGCAGGGGACACGUGCGAGGAAGACAUUAGUAUCCAGUACCCCCAGUUUUCUGGCUACUCAUAUAUCACCUUUGAACCGCUGAAGAAGUCCUAUCAGACAUUUCAAAUUACCCUUGAAUUCAGGGCUGAAUCUGAAGAUGGUUUGCUGCUGUACUGUGGAGAAAAUGAACAUGGUCGUGGUGAUUUUAUGUCACUGGCAAUUAUCCGACGUAGCCUCCAGUUCAGGUUCAACUGUGGCACGGGAGUUGGAGUCAUAACGAGUGAAAACAAAAUCAAGCUGGGGAACUGGCACAGUGUCACAUUGUUCAGAGAUGGGGUGAAUGGCUGGCUUAGGAUGGACAACAAUGCUCCAGUGACAGGAAAAUCUCAGGGCCAGUACAGCAAGAUCACAUUCCAGACUCCCUUCUACGUUGGCGGUGCUCCCAGCGUGUACUGGCUGGUCAGGGCCACCGGCACCAACCGCGGCUUCCAGGGCUGCGUCCAGUCGCUGAGCAUCAAUGGAAAGAUAAUUGACAUGAGACCCUGGCCAUUAGGGAAAGCUCUCAGUGGUGCUGACGUCGGUGAGUGUAGCAGUGGCAUCUGUGAUGAGGCAGCCUGCAUCAACAGUGGCACCUGUACUGCAAGCAAAGCAGACUCUUAUAUUUGCCUUUGUCCUCUUGGAUUUAAAGGUCAUCAUUGCGAGGAAGCACUCACCUUGGCCAUACCUCAGUUCAACGAAUCCUUAAGAUCAUUUGCUAGCACACCCUGGCCCUUGGAACCACAGAAUUACCUUUCCUUCAUGGAGUUUGAGCUGACAUUUCGUCCAGAUUUAGAGACUGGUGUCCUUUUGUACAGCUAUGACACAGACAGCAAGGACUUCCUCUCCAUCAACAUGGUGGCUGGCUACGUGGAGUUCAGGUUCGACUGCGGCUCAGGAACGGCUGUUAUCAGGAGUGAAGAACCUGUCAGCCUGGGUCAGUGGCAUGAAUUGCGAGUGUCUCGCACGGCAAAGAAUGGCAUCCUGCAGGUGGACAAACAGAAGCCAGUGGAAGGGAUGGCUGAGGGGGCUUUUACACAGAUUAAAUGUAGCUCUGAAAUAUUUAUUGGUGGAGUCCCCAGUUAUGAUGAUGUGAAGAAGAACUCUGGGAUCCUCAGACCCUUCAGUGGGAGCAUCCAGAAGAUUAUCUUGAAUGACCGGACAAUUGAUGUGAAACAGGAUUUCACUUUUGGAAUCAACCUAGCAAAUGCUGCCCACCCCUGUGUGACCUCACCAUGUGCGAAUGGAGGCACCUGCAUUCCCAAGAAGGACAGCUAUGAAUGUGACUGUCCCCUGGGCUUCGAUGGGCAACAUUGCCAGAAAGCCAUUACAGAAGCAAUUGAAAUCCCACAAUUUAUUGGUCGCAGUUACCUCACAUAUGAUAAUCCAGAUAUCUUGAAAAGGGUAUCAGGAACAAGAACAAAUGUGUUCAUGAGGUUUAAAACCACAAUGAAGGAAGGCCUUUUGAUGUGGAGGGGAAACAGUCCCAUGCGACCUAACAGUGAUUUCAUCUCUCUAGGCCUUCAGGAGGGAGCGUUGAUAUUCAGCUACAAUUUGGGCAGUGGCAUUGCUUCCGUCAUGGUGAACGGCUCUUUCAGCGACGGCCGGUGGCACAGAGUCAAAGCUGUUCGGGAUGGACAGUCUGGCAAAGUAACCGUGGACGAUUAUGGUGCCAGGACCGGUAAAUCCCCUGGGAAGAUGAGGCAGUUAAAUAUCAAUGGAGAUCUCUAUGUAGGUGGCAUGAAGGAAAUUGCCCUGCACACGAACCGGCAGUACCUGCGGGGGCUGGUGGGCUGCAUCUCCCACCUCACGCUCUCAACUGACUACCACAUCUCGCUGGUGGAGGAUGCUGCCAACGGGAAGAACAUCAACACAUGUGGGACCAAGUGACAAGAGAGGAAUGCCGGUGCUGAGGACCCGUCGUGUGCUUGUGUGUGUGGCUGAGUGAGAGCUGGCAGUCCUCUACAGCCGGACUAUGUUUGCCAUCUGGGAAGGUGACAAAGCCAAAGGGAAACCCAAAAACAAGGAAAAAAGGAAGAACACUUUUCCCCUCUCAUUCCCUCUCCUUUCUUCUCCUUUUCUGUCCAAAUGAAACCAAGCAUUUUGUGUAUGAACCGUGCCCUCUACCCCUUAAGUGUUUAGUGAGCGCUAAAGAUUGUGCAUCAGUGCAAAGGCAAAGUGUGAUGUUACGAGUAGCUCAGUGACUGUGUUUUGUGGUCCUUAGGUUAUCUUUUGUAGUAUCAGAGAAAGCAAUCUUGAAACACCUGCAGUCAUCCCACCCUGCAGUGUUACAGUGACUGUGCUGUUCAAUACACACACCAGUGGGCAGCGUAUUUCUGCAUUCACAUGUGGGUCCUGGAACAAGCAGUUCUCCUUACCACCCUCUGAUUUAGCUAAAUUAUGUUUCAUCCUGUCUAGCAGGAUAACAGUUACAAUGACUGGUUUCAAAAUAUUGUUGUUUGUUGAGGAGGAAAGUUCUUACAAGUCUACUUUUUUAUUACAAGCAACACAAAAAUGAACCAAUUUUGUAGAAGUAAUUUUAUACUUGUCUAUUUUUUAUAGCAGCAGCAGACCUGCUUACAUGGCAUCACUUUUAACAUCUACAUGUACUAUACAAUUAGCUCUUUGCACACUUUCCUAAAAAUAGAAAAGUGACCUGUGGCUUAAUGUCUGUAUUAUACAGUUUUAAUGGGGAUAUUUGUGAGUUAUGACCAGUUUUACAUUUGACUCUUUUUGUUCUGUAAAUUUUGACAGUUUAAAAUUGUACAUUAUGAAGCUUUCCUGUCUUAAACAGAUUAAAAGAUUAGG